AUGGGCAAUGUCGCCAGCCGUCUCGACGAGGCGGGGAAUUUGUUCUUCAAGGAUCAGAAUCGAUUCUCGAUCGCUUCCAUCACCAUAAGCAACUCCAGUCGCCGCUUGCUGACCCUGUCCCCCAACGCAUUCCCGGCAGUGAGAUAUGUAGCCAAGCGGGAUACAGGCGACGAUACUCCGAUCGAAUAUAUUCAGGAUCCCGACGUUCCCUCAACUGCCACCACUCCGAUUUUCUUGUUGCGCCUGACAAACGACGAUGAGCUCAUCUUCAAUUUUACCUUUAUCCUCCGUCAAACACAAACUGGCAACGCCACGGGAUCCACCGUCAAUGGUGUCUCGACCUCGCUCCCCGAGGUGAGCGACACUGUCCUCAACGGGCUUACUUUUGCACAUGCGUCAAACUCCAAGGAGCUGGACAACCUGAUCACACGAGAGUUUCACGCGAAUCCAAACCUACAAAACAACUCCAACGUGCAGCUCAUCGGCGACUUUUCGACGGAAGGCACCCCAUCGGUGUCAUUUGAGUGGUCGUGGAAAUGGAAGCCUCCCAAGGGAACAGAAGACAAAGGCGGCGGCUGGCGAAACAGCUGCAGCCUGCUGGAUUACGAUCAGAGGACUAACCGCUUGAAUACCCUUGCUCACUUUUCCUUCUGGGUGCACAACUCGGUACGACUGCUCCCGAGCCCUCGGAUAUCGUCACCCAACCUUGAGCUACCGGUUCCUCCUCGCAGCCGCAUCCCCUCCAUUCAGUCCGCAGUGUCCCAUUUCAGUGAUUCAGAUACCUUUCAUCAAAAUCCUCCAUCAUCGAUCACUCCACCCGAAACUGCAGAUGGGCCACCCCCUGCUCCCACACAGCCCCCACCACCGCCUCCUGUGAAGGUCGAUCUGCCACAUUCCCGACCCGCAGAUGAUAUGAGUGUAGUGGAAGAUGGACCACUGUUCCGAGCCACUAUGAAAGCGCUGGAGCAGAAAACGGGGAACAUGCGUAUAAAAACAAAGAAGGUGCUCAAAAAAGCCGAGGCUGCUCAGCAGGCCCAGCAAUUAUGCAAUGAUGCCAUGGAGGCUUUCUUGGGCUCAUUGGGCGACGCAUCAACUUCAAACGGCAAUGCUAUUCAGCCUGCGCUAGAUCACUACUUCGAGAGGAUUGCCCGCCAGAUUCUGACCUACGAACAGCUGAAUACACUUCAGCUACAGAAACUUGUCAUUGAACCACUUAUAAAGGUCUAUCAUAACGAUAUCAAACAAGCUGAGGCGAAGAAAAAGGACUUUGAUGAGGAGAGUCGUGACUAUUACGCCUAUGUCAGCCGAUAUCUUGGCCAGCGGCAGGACUCACUCAAGGAGAAGAAGCGUGCCGAGAGUGACUCGAAGUACCAGGCCAAGCGGCGAAACUUCGAAUUGAAACGCUUUGAUUAUUCUUCUUUUAUGCAAGAUCUUCAUGGGGGUCGCAAAGAUCAGGAAGUUCUUUCGCACCUUACCAAAUACGCGGACUUCCAAGCCAAGAAUUUCUUGGCAGCGGCCAAGAGGAUCGAAGAAAUGGUUCCUCAGCUGGACGCGCUUAUCUACGAAGUGAAUCAGGCCGAUAAGGAGUUCCAGUUCAAACGAACCGAGCGUGAGGAGAAGCGCAGAGCCCUGGAAAAGAAUAGUAACCCGUAUCUUGAACCUGAUAUCGUGGCCGGUGGCACCAGUGUUUCAAAUCUAUCCUCUGGGACUGCCAACGGGACUGGUUCUGUGGAAAUCGAACUGGGUCGAGCCGAUAGCACGAGCUCCCAGCUCCGUGGUGUCAUCAGCAACAGCUCGUCGGUCUCAUCCCAAGCUAAUCCAGGGUCAGUCGUCUCAAACGCUGGUGGUGGUGCUGCUGCUGGUGGCUCUGCACCUACAACUAGCGCUGGUCCCAGCGGCACGCCGGGGCAGAAUCGGUUUAAAGGCAUUCGGGACCUUGAAGAGCGGGAUUCCCUCGGAUCUGAUCGUGCUGCUGGUCAGCAACGGAAAGAAGGAUUGUUAUGGGCUCUUUCCCGUCCUGGGUCACAUAUUGACCCAAAGGGCAUCAACAAGCAGGCUUGGCAUAAAUUCUGGAUCGUGCUAGACCAGGGGAAACUUUCAGAGUAUAGCAAUUGGAAGCAAAAGUUGGACCUCCACAUGGAGCCCAUUGAUCUUCGAAUGGCAUCGGUUCGCGAAGCUCGAAAUGCUGAGCGAAGAUUCUGCUUUGAGGUCAUAACACCACAAUUCAAGCGAGUCUAUCAAGCUACUUCAGAAGAUGACAUGGCGAAUUGGAUUCGCUCUAUCAAUAAUGCGCUGCAGAGUGCAGUAGAGGGUGGAGGAAUGCCGUCGGCACCUCCUGUCUCGUCUAAGAACGAGUCAAGUGGUCGUGAUAUCGGAUCCGUGUUAACGGGUAAAAGCUCGUCUGUAUCUGGCCAUCACUCCUAUUCGAGCAGCUCGGCUGGCGCUGGUGUGACGCGUCGUACAACCGUCGGAGCACGACCCAGCUACGUUCGCAAUGACAGCAACAACUACGAGGAGAAUCCAUCACGACUACUCCAAGCUGUGCGCGACGCAGACGAGGGUAACAAUUGGUGCGCCGAUUGUGGAUCUUCCGCCAAAGUUGAAUGGGUGUCAAUCAACCUCGGAAUUGUGCUGUGCAUUGAGUGUAGCGGCAUUCACCGGUCUCUAGGGACCCACAUUUCCAAGAUCCGAUCAUUGACUCUUGAUGUGCAUUCAUUCUCAAACGAUAUUGUGGAGAUUCUCCUGCAAGUCGGCAACCGUGUUAGCAACAUGAUCUGGGAGGCGAUGCUGGACCAGUCGCUCAAGCCAACCGCGGGCUCCACACGGGAGCAGCGUCUCAAGUUCAUCACCGCUAAAUAUGUUGAUCGAGCCUAUAUUGAGCAACUGCCAUCAACGCGAUCCCGAUUUGCAACCCCCAACGAAACCCUUCUUGCCUCCAUUAAGAAGAAUGACAUUCAAGGUGUACUGUAUGGGUUGGCACUGCGUGCCAAUGUGAAUGUCCCAGAUCGCUCUCGCAACACCCACGCUGUCUUCUUAGCCCUUGCUGCUGCUGACCCUGCUUCGCCUGGGUCCACACCCACCAGCCUCUCCGCUCGGUCCAACGCCAAGGCGAUCCCAUUCCCCGUUGCCGAACUGCUGGUCCAGAACGGCGCGGAGAUUCCUCCACAACCCCCCUCCAUCCCCCUUUCUCCCGCUGCCCAGCUAUAUCUCAGUCAGCGGACUGCACGGAACUCUGCAUUCAGCACCCCCAGUCCUGCCGCAAGGGCAGCCGCUAGUGACACGCUCGGGUCUCUGCCCACGAUCCGUGGCUCAAGCAGGGACAGCUCUGCUUCUUCCGGGUCCCAAGUGCCUAACUCCGUCGACCCGAAGGAGAAAGACAAACUGUCCAAGCGAGGAAGCGCCGGCGCUCGAUUCGCAGGGAAGGUGGCAUCUCUUGGAAUUGACCGAUAA